AUGUCGACCACCACUACCACCGCCGCUGCUGCCAGCUCCUCCUGCGCCGUCUCUUGGCAGAUUCCCACCGACGAUGUCGCCUGCGCCGGCAUCAUCAGCGGCAACAUGACCGAUGCCUUCGACUCGUGCUGCAAGGGCGACAAGCCCGUCAAGUACAAUGACGACUGCAACAUCUACUGCCUCGCCCAGGACCAGAGCCGCGAGAAACUCCGCAGCUGCCUGACCUCCAAGAGCGGCGACUACACCAACGUCUUCUGCACCGGCAACAAUGACACCGCGACGGCCACCUCCAAGCCGACCAACACCAAGGACAGUAGCUCGACCGGUACUUCAACCAGCACCUCCACUGGUACCUCGACCUCCUCCGGCGCGGCCAUCGUCAGCCAGCCCAUCUCCAAGACCGGCCUCGGUCUGGUCGCCAUGCUGUUCUGCUCCGCUCUCGCCGGCGUCGUCGCCUAA